CAAGGCUUUUAUCCACUCGCCAAGGCUAAAGGGACCCUCUUCUAUAAGAAAUAUGAGGCAGCGAAUAAAGAAAUUGGCAGUGCCUAUCAAAAACUACACCGAGCACGAUUAGAUGAUGCGAUCCACACAUUUCACGACUCCGUCAAUACGAUCGAGAUAGCUAGACAGCUCAGUACAAAGGCCACGAAUGAUAUUCUAGCCUUGCCGACUACCGAAUUCGAACUUCGAGAGCGGGCGGCCAUAGCUGGUAUACUUUUCAAGCCUCUUAAGAAUAACUAA